AUGUCUCGCUUUGUCAAUGGAGCGAGGUCGUUUUCGACGACGGCUUCAUCCCUCUUUGCCGAUGCGACCGCGGCUUCACAAUCUGUUCGCCAACCAUCCAGCUUUCAAGUCUUCCGCGAUGUUCCCUCCAUACGGGGACUCCGGCGCCAAUUGUUGCAGAAGGACCGAAGUGUAGGCUUUGUUCCUACCAUGGGCGCACUCCAUGAAGGUCAUCUCUCCCUAAUUCGACAAGCUGCUCGCGAGAAUACAGACAUUUUCGUCAGCAUCUUCGUCAAUCCCACACAAUUCGGAGUCACGGAAGAUCUGUCCAGCUAUCCCCGCACCUGGGAUACAGACGUUGAGAAAUUGGAAAGGCUGAAUGAGGAGCUCGAACGAUUGGGAGAAAAUAGUGCAAGUGCCGGGCGCAUCACUGCCAUUUUCGCACCGACCUCGAAGGUCAUGUACCCCGGUCUACCCCCUACCUCAGAGGUUAAUGGAUACGGCUCGUUUGUCACAAUUACCCCGCUGUCCACUAAACUGGAGGGCGGUUCGCGUCCGGUAUUCUUCCGGGGUGUGGCGACAGUUUGCAUGAAGCUCUUCAACAUCACAACCCCCGAUCGUGUGUACUUUGGCCAGAAGGAUGUCCAACAAACCGUGGUAAUCAAGCGUAUGGUAGAGGAUUUCCAUGUUGGCACCGAAUUGCGAAUCAUUGAAACUACGCGUGAACAUGACGGCCUGGCGCUGAGCUCGCGGAACGUCUACCUGGGCGACCGAAGACGAACUGUUGGGCUCACCAUCUACAAGGCGCUGAAAGCCGCCGAAGAAGUAUACCUGGGCGGCAAGAACAGCCGGGAAGAGAUCCUUGGGGCUGCUCGCAAGGUGACAGAUUCUGUUCUUUCCGCACAACAAUCCCUUUCACCAGCCGAGAGAGCACUUUACGAGGUCGACUAUGUUUCUCUCGCCGACCCUGACACCCUUGACGAGCUGGAAGUUGUCGACCCAGCCAAGGGCGCCGUUCUGAGUACCGCAUUCAAGAUGGCACCGCUGGAAGAGUCCAAACCAGGCGAAGACUGUGGAUUGGGCGAUGGUAAAGUCCCCGUGCGACUGAUUGAUAACCUCAUUUUCGGUCCUCGUGCUUAA